AUGGCCAGCUACCCCUAUGGGCAGGGCUGCCCAGGAGCUGGAGGACAAGCACCUGGAGCCCCUCCGGGUAGCUACUACCCCGGACUCCCCCAUGCUGGAGGGCAAUAUGCUAGCUGGGUACCCCCUGGUGGCGGAUAUGGAGGAGGUCCUGCCACUGGUGGGCCUUACGGACCACCAGCUGGUGGAGGGCCCUAUGCACACCCCAACCCUGGGGGGCUCCCUUCUGGAACUCCAGGAGGACCAUAUGGUGGCGCGGCCCCAGGGGGCCCCUAUGGACCACCACCUCCAUAUUCCUAUGGUGCCCAGCAUCCCGGGCCUUAUGGACAGGGACCACCUCCUCCAGGUGGCACCACUCCCAAUGUGGAUCCCGAGGCUUACUCCUGGUUCCAGUCAGUGAACUCCAAUCACAGUGGCUAUAUCUCCAUCAAGGAGCUGAAGCAGGCCCUGGUCAACUCCAACUGGUCCUCGCUCAGCGACGAGACAUGCCUUAUGAUGAUAAACAUGUUUGACAAGACCAAGUCAGGCCGCAUUGAUGUCUACGGUUUCUCAGCCCUGUGGAAGUUCAUCCAGCAGUGGAAGAACCUCUUCCAGCAGUAAGACCAGGACCGCUCGGGCUCCAUUAGCUACACAGAGCUGCAGCAAGCUCUGUCCCAGAUGGGCUACAAUCUGAGCCCCCAGUUCACCCAGCUCCUGGUCUCCCGCUACUGCCCGCGCUCCGCCAGUCCUGCCAUGCAGCUAGAUCGCUUCAUCCAGGUGUGCACCCAGCUGCAGGUGCUGACCGAGGCCUUCCGGGAGAAGGACACAGCUGUGCAGGGCAACAUUCGGCUCAGCUUCGAGCACUUCGUCACCAUGACAGCUUCUCGGAUGCUAUGACCAGCCCAUCUGUAAAGUGGGGAGUGCACCAAGGGACUUUUCCUGGCUCCUAGGGCGGGAGAAGCAUGUGGGCCUCUCUUCAUUUCCUGCCCUUCCUAGAAAAAGAACUCUCCCUUGCCUGGUUCAGCAUUGUUCCCAAAGAGGGCUGGGGGUCUGCGUCAUAGCCACCAAGCAGUGGGGAGCUGGGCUGAGGCCACACAGGUAGG